UGACCUCCACGAUGAUGAUAUUUAGAGGAGUGGAGGUGUGUCAAGUUUGAGCCACCGUCUCUCUCUCUCUCUGAUCGAUCACACUCCUCCAUUUUCCCUCACACUAAAACCAAUACACCCAUUCUCAUCUUGGCCUCAAUCUUCUGCAACAACCAUGGCCAAUGCGGCGUCGGGAUUUGCUGUGGAUGAUGAUUGCAAACUAAAGUUCUUGGACUUGAAGGCCAAAAGAACUUACCGCUUCAUAGUAUUCAAGAUUGAGGAGAAGCAGAAGCAGGUGAUCGUGGAGAAAUUAGGUGAGCCAGCUCAAAGCUAUGAAGAUUUCACUGCAAGCCUUCCAGCUGAUGAAUGCAGAUAUGCUGUCUAUGAUUUUGAUUUUGUGACUGCUGAAAACUGUCAGAAAAGCAGGAUUUUCUUCAUUGCAUGGUCCCCUGAUACAUCAAAGGUGAGAAACAAGAUGAUUUAUGCAAGCUCCAAGGACAGGUUCAAGAGAGAAUUGGAUGGUAUCCAAAUAGAGCUGCAGGCCACUGACCCAACUGAGAUGGAUCUUGAUGUUAUCAGAAGUCGUGCCAGCUAAGAAGUUGUGUUUGCAAUGGCGAUUUUCCUUAAGUUUCUUUUUUCAAUUUAUGCCAAUGUUAAUAGUUUGUGGGGCUGUGAACCUAACUGAAUUAUGAUAUUUGGUUUGCUAUUAAAUGUUUAUCUUCAUGUAGAACGAAUUCAGUUGUCUCAAUUUAUAUAGGAUGAUGGACGGACUUGGGCGAUGAUUUAAGUCCUAGUGUCCCAAAUUUUUAUAUUUGGAGACCGAGUUGUAUCAUCUUCUUAAGGUAGAAAUCUGGGUUUGUGUUUGCAACUUCAGAAAGGUGUGGUUUGCUAUCCUUAAUUAAGCAAAAAUC